GGUUGGCGCUGCGGGCCGGGCGGGGGCCGUGGAGCUGCGAUGCGGACGGGACCGAGGCGGUGACCGGAGGUACCGCCCGACAUGAACUCGCUGGAGCAGGCGGAAGAUCUCAAGGCUUUUGAGAGAAGACUUACGGAAUAUAUUCAUUGUUUGCAACCUGCCACUGGACGUUGGAGAAUGCUUCUUAAAGUGGUAUCUGUCUGUACAGCUACUGGUGCAUGGAACUGGUUAAUAGAUCCCGAGACACAAAAGGUGUCCUUCACAUCAUUGUGGAACCACCCAUUUUUUACCAUUAGCUGCAUCACUCUUAUAGGCUUGUUCUUUGCUGGAAUUCACAAGAGAGUAGUUGCACCAUCAAUUAUAGCCGCUCGAUGUCGAACUGUAUUGGCAGAAUAUAAUAUGUCUUGUGAUGAUACAGGAAAACUAAUUUUGAAACCUAGGCCUCAUGUUCAAUAACAGUCUGCAUUCAUUAUUAUGGGACCUAAAACAGCCUUUCUUCAAAUAAGUGAUACAGCAAAAAGCCAUAAUGGAUUCCUUUUCCAAUUGGAUAUGUGAAGGUCAUAGCAACAAUUGACAAGAAGUGUGCAAUAUUUACCCAGAUUAUCUUGAUGAUGAUGACUUACAUUAUCAGUGCUUUUGGUACCUUUGAUUACCUGUGUUUCAGUAUUAGUGUCACUUUAGUACUUCAGAUUCUGCAAAUAUUUUUGCAGGUGAAGUAUGUAUGUAUGUUACUAAGUUAAACUUAGAAACAGAACCUCAUUCAGUUUUUAUAAUGUAUUUUUGCAAACUACUGUAAAUAGCAAAUCAAUGCCAAUGUUAAACAAAGAGGGAAAGGUUGUGUGGACUUGGUUCUCCUGCACCAGUAUUUCAGGAACAUCUGCUUGACAUCCCCAUAGUUCUUUAAAACCGGCUAUUGUGCAUAGCUGUGCCUUCCAUUCUUGUACUCCUCUCUUUUAAUCAUACUUCAGGAAAAACAUCGGAUUGAGCUUAGACUGAGGAAAACUCAUCUCCA